AGAUCCACCUACCUCUGCCUCCCGAGUGCUGGGAUUAAAGGCAUAUGCCACCACCGCCGGGAUCUAUCGCCCUUAUUUUUAAGUGCUUUCCCACAAGCUGUUUUAAGAAAAAUAGUACAACUGUGGAAACUAAGUACUAAAAGCUAAACACAUCCCAAAUGCAGGACUAUUUAGUCCUUGUGUUACUAAUAUGAUAGACAGUUAUUUUGAUUUUUCCCUUAACUAAACAUAAUUGGAAUACUAGUAUUUUAUUAGACUUUCAUUAGUAGUAUUUUAAUUACGUGAAUGUGGGUAGCGGUAUAUACCCACACGAGUCCAGGGGCUACAGAAAGCCCGAGAGGCCAUGGAUCUCCUUGAGCUGGAACUGCCUGUAGCUGUGAGCCUUGAGGACCAUGGGACCUAAGGUUCACAUCUUCUCCAGGUGAAACGGUGUUCCAGGUUAAAAUCUCAGCACCUGAUGAGCAAUUCACUAGAGUUGGUGUCCAGGUUUUAGAUCGAAAAGAUGGGUCCUUCAUAGUGAGAUACAGAAUGUACGCAAGCUACCAAAGUCUGAAGAUAGAGGUUAAACACAACGGACAGCAUGUGGCUAAGUCUCCUUAUGUUUUAAGAGGGCCAGUUUACCAUGAGAACUGUGACUGCCCCUUGGAAGACAGUGCAGCCUGGCUACGGGAGAUGAACUGUCCAGAAACCAUCACUCAGAUUCAGAAAGAUCUGGCACAUUUCCCUACUGUUGAUCCUGAAAAGAUUGCAGCAGAAAUCCCAAAACGAUUUGGACAGAGGCAGAGCCUGUGUCACUAUACCUUAAAGGACAACAAGGUUUAUAUCAAGACUCAUGGUGAGCAUGUUGGCUUUAGGAUUUUCAUGGAUGCCAUACUACUUUCAUUGACUAGAAAGGUGAGGAUGCCAGAUGUGGAGUUUUUUGUCAAUUUGGGAGACUGGCCUUUGGAAAAAAAGAAAUCAAAGCCAAACAUCCAGCCGAUCUUUUCCUGGUGUGGCUCCACAGAUUCCAGGGAUAUUGUGAUGCCUACCUAUGACCUGACUGACUCUGUUCUAGAAACCAUGGGCCGAGUAAGUCUGGAUAUGAUGUCGGUACAAGCUAACACAGGGCCUCCCUGGGAAAGGAAGAACUCCACAGCUGUCUGGAGGGGCCGUGACAGCCGCAAAGAGAGACUAGAGCUGGUAAAACUUAGCAGAAAACACCCAGAGCUCAUCGAUGCUGCUUUCACCAAUUUCUUCUUCUUUAAACAUGAUGAGAGCCUGUAUGGGCCCAUUGUGAAACACAUUUCAUUUUUCGAUUUCUUCAAGCACAAGUAUCAAAUAAAUAUCGACGGUACUGUGGCAGCAUACCGCUUGCCCUAUCUACUGGUAGGCGACAGUGUGGUUCUAAAGCAGGACUCCAUCUACUAUGAACACUUUUACAAUGAGCUGCAGCCUUGGAAACACUACAUUCCAGUCAAAAGCAACCUGAGCGAUCUGCUGGAAAAGCUUAAGUGGGCAAAAGAUCAUGAUGCAGAGGCAAAGAAGAUAGCAAAAGCAGGACAAGAAUUUGCAAGAAAUAAUCUAAUGGGUGAUGAUAUAUUCUGUUAUUACUUCAAACUUUUCCAGGGCUAUGCCAACUUACAAGUGAGCAAGCCACAAAUUCGAGAGGGUAUGAAGAGGGUAGAGCCACAUUCUGAGGAUGACCUCUUUCCUUGCACGUGCCAUAGGAGAAAGACCAAAGAUGAACUCUGAUAUGCAAAAUAUCUUCUAUUCAAAUGAUGGUGCUCUGAAGACUCAUCUUAACUGUAGAGAAGAUCAUUUUUAAGUAUUAGUUCCAAAAACAAUGUAAAAUCUAAUGGUGACUAUUUGCAUUCUCAGAGUGUUUCUUCUUAUGCAGUAUUCCCAUGACUGUCUUUUACAGAACAUUUUUAAAUUUUUAUAAUAAAACCACCUUUAAGGGCCUAUUUUGUACCAAUUAUUAGCUAUGAAUAGAAAAAGGAAAGUCUGA